ACUAACUAACUAACUAUUUAGCUAGCCAGGUAUCCGGUGCCAUGUCGGGGUUUGAAGCACGAGAAGAACAAGAUGGUGUAAGAUUAUCAUGGAAUACCGUACCCAAAUCGAAAUUUCAACAUCAACGGAAUAUCCUUCCCUUAGGAGCCAUGUAUACUCCAUUAAAUAAUAAGAGUGAAAUUCAAUUAUUACCCCAAGAUUUAAUAUUAACAUGUUUUCAAUGCUUUGCCAUAUUAAAUCCUUAUUCUUAUGUAUCUAAUAAUAACUUUUGGACUUGUCCAUUUUGUUCAUUCACUAAUCAAUUACCUCCCAAUUUUCAAACUUUACCUCCUAGUUUAAGUUUUGAAAAUACUACGGUGGAAUAUCUUACUGGUAAAGUUAAUUCUUUACCACCGAUUUUCUUUUAUGUGGUAGAUACUUGUUUUGAAGAUGAAGAUAUAACCGAUGCAUUUGAAUCGUUAAAAGAUUCAUUAAUUAUAUCUUUAAGUCUUUUACCAGAAAAUGCAUUAGUUGGAUUUAUAUCAUUUGGUAAACAUAUUCAAGUUCAUGAUUUAAUUAGUAAUGAUUUAAAAUCUUUUACAUUUAAUGGUAAUAAACAUUAUACUCUUGAUCAAAUAUCUAAAUCUUUAGGGUUAUUAGCUCAAGGUUUAACUUCAUCAUCUCCUUAUAAUCAACAAUCAAAUGCUGAUAAAAUAAUUGGAGCUAUUGGUAAAAGAUUUAUUCAACCAGUAAGUAUUGUAGAAUAUCAAUUAACUAAUAUAAUUCAAAAUUUAGUACCAAAUUCAUUUCCUCACCCAAAGAAUAAACAAAGACCUGAAAGAGCUACUGGUAGUGCUCUUAAUAUUGCAUCAUUAUUAUUAAAAUCAAUAUUAGGUGAUCAUAUAACAACCACUGGUGGUCAUAUACUUUGCUUUAUUGGAGGUAUGACAACUUAUGGACCGGGGAAAAUAGUUAAUAAAUUAUUAAAAGAACCUUUAAGAUCUCAUCAUGAUAUUGAUAAAUUAGAACAUUCAACUUUACCUCAAGCUCCAACUAGUGGACCAUCAAAGACUAAAGCUGAUAUUUCAUUAUUUAAACCAGCCAAAAAAUUUUAUCAUGAUAUUACAAAAUCUUUAGUAUCAUUAGGUUUAAGUUGUAAUUUUUUUAUUGGAAGUUAUAAUCAAGUUGGAUUAUUUGAAAUGGAUGAAGUUUGUUAUAAAACUGGUGGUACAGUUGUUAUGAGUGAUUCAUUUAAUACGGCAAUUUUUAAACAAAGUUUUAUAAAAUUCUUUAAAAAACAAUCUGAAGAUUCGGAUUUCUUAGAUAUGGGAUUUAAUGCUACAUUAGAAGUUAAAUGUAGUGUUGAUUUAAAAAUUCAAGGAUUAAUUGGUAAUGCAACAGCUUUACCACUUGUUAGAUCAACUGAUGGCAAAUAUUUAUCAACUUAUGUUAUAGGAGAAAGUGGAACUAAUUGUUGGAAAUUAUGUAAUGUAAAUCCUCAAUCAUCUUAUGCAAUCUAUUUUGAUAAAGUUAAUUCAAAUGCUCUUGAAACAACUUAUAUACAAUUUUUAUUUCAUUAUCAACAUCCUUCGGGAGAAAUGAGAUUAAGAGUUACUACUAUUCCCAUAAGUGUUGUAGCUGAUACUGAUAUGUUAUCUAUAGGUAGAGGGUUUGAUCAAGAAGCAGCAUUAGUUAUUGUUGCAAGAGAAGCUAUAAAUAAAUUACAACCUAAUAAUUUUGAUGGAACUAAAGAUAUUAAAACUACUACAUCACAAAAGGCACAAACUAUUUUAAAGAAUCUCGAUAAAAUGUUAAUUGAUUUCUGUGCAAGAUUUGCUCAAUAUCAAGCAGGAAUAUUAGAAUCAUUUAGAUUAUCUACUUUAUAUUCUAUGUUUCCUCAAUUUAUUUAUCAUUUAAGAAGAUCCCAAUUUAUUAAUGUAUUUGGGAAUUCACCUGAUGAAACAGCUUAUAUUAGACAUGUAUUUAUGCAUGAAGAUGUUAAUAAUUCUUUACUUAUGGUUCAACCAUUAUUAUUAAGUUAUGAUAUAGAUACUUUUGGAUCAAUUAAUGAAUCAACAGGAGAAAUUAAUAAUGAACCAACGGUAGCUUUAUUAGAUUCGGCAUCCUUAGGAAAUUCUAAAAUCUUAUUAUUAGAUACUUUCUUUCAAAUAUUAAUUCAUCAUGGAUCUACCGUAGCUGAAUGGAGAAAAGCUGGUUAUCAAGAUCAACCAGAAUAUGAACAUUUUAAAGAAUUCUUAGAAGCUCCUAAAAAGGAAGCUAUGAUAAUUUUAAUGGAUAGAUUCCCAUUACCAAGAUUUAUUGAUUGUGAUGAAGGAGGUUCUCAAGCGAGAUUUCUUAUGGCUAAAUUAAAUCCUUCAACUAGUUAUGCAACCAAUGCUAAUCAUUUAUUAGGGUAUGGUAAUAGAUUUGAUGUACUUACUGAUGAUACUAGUUUACAACUGUAUAUGACUCAUGUUCAGAAGAAUGUUAUAUCUUUGAAAUAGUAUUACUACUAAUAGCUAAUAGUUAAUAGAGAAUUAAUAUAAUAUAAUUUAAUUUAAUUUAAUUUAAUUUAAUUUAAUUUAAUUUAAUUUAAUUUA